UCUUGUCCUGCUCUGAUGUCGCAGCAGAAGCUUCAGCUGGUGAGUAACGUUAAACUACUAAAACCAGAUCGAUAGAGGUGAUCAAGUCAAAGUCCUCUAGAGAAGUGAAGUCUGUCGGUAAACGAGGAUCAGUCACGGACUGUUGGUGACGCAGAGCUCUUUGACUUCAGCAGACAGCAACACUGACACAAGUGCAUUAUUCUCUGAUGUUUCCAGCAGAGUGACAUCAUGGCGACUGCAUCACCUGUGUCAGAUGAUCGGCCACCUCUGAAGCGGAGCAGCAGCAUCCAUAGUCUGCCACCUAACAUGUCUGAGCUGAGGGUUGUUCUGCUGGGGAACAGCUGGUCUGAGAGGAGUUCAGUGGGGAACUUCAUACUGGGAGAGAAUAAGUUCAACACUGAGCAAGAACCAGACUGCUGUCUGAGAGUCAGAGGACAGCUGAAGGAGAAAGAAAUAGCUGUCAUCAACACUCCAGAUCUGCUGCUUCCUGACAUCUCUGAAAACAAACUGACAGAGUUUCUUAAAGACUGUGCGAGUCUCUCUGAUCCUGGACCUCAUGUGUUCCUGCUGGUUCUACAACCUGAAGACUUCACUGAGGAACACAAACUGAAGCUCUGCAGAGUCCUCGAAAAGUUCAGUGAUCGAUCGUUUGAUCAUUUACUGGUUCUGAUAUCAACACCCAGACAGGAGAGUCCAGGUUUAAUGAAAAAAUACAUGGAACGUCCUCCAUUAAAAGACAUGAUCAGAAAAUGUCGAUACAGAUACUUGAAGCAGAAGAACCUCGAACUUCCAGAGCUGUUAACACGUUUGGGUCAAACUGCAAAGGAGAACAGCGGAGAUCAUGUGAGCUACGAAGCAUUUGAGGACACAAACUUAAUCAUCAGACCAAAGUCUGGACACAUGAAACCAGCUGUAAACCUGGUUCUGUGUGGGAGGAGAGGAGCAGGAAAGUCUUCAGCAGCCAAGGUCAUUUUAGGUCAGACAGAGCUUCAUUCAGUCUCCAGCUCAUCAGAGUGUGUUAAACAUCAGGGAGAGGUGUGGGGACGUCGGGUUUCUCUCAUGGAGCUUCCUGCCUUGUAUGGAAAACCUCAGGAGGCAGUGAUGGAGGAAUCAUUCAGGUGUAUCUCCCUCUGUGAUCCUGAGGGCGUCCAUGCCUUCAUCCUGGUCCUACCUGUGGGUUCCCUCACUGAUGAAGACAAGGGAGAGUUAAAGACCAUCCAGAACACAUUCAGCUCUCCAGUCAAUGACUUCACCAUGAUUCUGUUCACUGUGGAGUCAGAUCCUACAGCUCCAGCUGUUGUUAACUUCCUGAAGGAAAACAAGGAGAUCCAGGAUCUCUGUCAGAGCUGUGGAGGAAGAUAUGUUGUUCUCAACAUCAAGGAGCAGCAGCAGAUCCCAGAGCUGUUGGAAGAUGUGGAAAACAAGAGUCAAUCUAAAAAUAAACCAUACUGCUAUACAACUGAAACAUUUGCUCAUGCACAAAUGGAAAAGGUCUUACAACAAGAGAAACACAUCAACAUGCAACAAGGUGAACUUGAGAGGCUGAAAAAGAAGAAUGAGAUAACAUGUGAUGAUGAGAAGCAGAGCCCAGAGUGUCUCAGGAUUGUGCUGAUAGGGAAGACUGGCCGUGGAAAGAGCUCUUCAGGAAACACCAUUCUAGGAAGAAAGGCGUUUGAAGCCAAAUCAAGCCAAACGUCAGUCACCAAACUUUGUCAGAAAGAAAAGGGUGAGGUGAACGGUCGUCCUGUCGUUGUGGUCGACACUCCUGGUCUGUUUGACACAACUUUGUCCCAUGAAGAGGUUCAAGAGGAGAUGGUAAAAUGCAUCAGUCUUCUGGCUCCAGGACCACAUGUCUUCCUGCUGGUGUUAGAAAUUGGCAGACUCACACCAGAAGAGAAGGAGACAUUAAAACUCAUCAAGGACGGCUUUGGGAGAAAUUCAGAAAAGUUCACCAUCAUUCUUUUCACAAGAGGAGAUUCACUGGAAAAUGACCAGCAGUCAAUCGAUGAAUACAUUGCAGAUGGAUGUGAUGAUUCCUUUAAGAAGCUGAUUCGUGACUGUGGAGGAAGAUGCCAUGUGUUUAAUAACCAUGUUAAACAAAACUGCACACAAGUCAGUGAACUGAUAACCAAGAUUGACACCAUGGUGAAGAAGAAUGGAGGCAGCUGCUACACCAAUGAGAUGCUGCAAGAGGCCGAGGCAGCUAUAAAGAAGGAAGUGGAGAGGAUCCUGAAGGAGAAGGAAGAAGAGAUGAAGAGAGAGAGGGAGGAACUUGGAAGAAAACACGAGGAAGAAAUGCAAGAAAUGAAAAGAAGAAUAGAAGAACAGAGAGCAGAAACUGAAAAGGAGAGAAAACUGAGAGAAAAACAACUUGAAGAAAAGGAGGAAAACAUAAAGAAGGAACGUGAGAAGAGAGAGAAAGAACAGGAAAUGAGAAAAGAAGAGGACAAGAAGAGAAAACAAGAAGAAGAAAAGCAACGACAGAAGUGGGAACAAAAACUUGAAAGUUUGGAGCAAAAAAUAAGAUCGGAGUCAGAAUCAAAGGAAACCAGUGACAGAAAGCUGAAUGAGACCAGAGAAGAGAUGAGACAAGAACGAGAGAACUGGGAGAAAACACGAAAAGAAUUGUGGGACAAACGAUAUCAAGAAGAUGAACAGAGACGACAAGAGGAGCAAACAAGAUUAAGAAAGCUCGAAGAAGAAUACGAACAGGAAAGAGAAAUAAAUGAAAAGAAAAGAAAGGAAGAGGACCGAAUCAGAAGGGAACAAGAAGAAAAAGAGAAAAAAGACAUCGAGGAGGACCAUAAGAAAAAAACUGAGAAUCUGAAGAAGGAGUAUGAAGAUGAAGCCAGAGAGAAGGCUGAAGAGUUCAAUGAAUUUAAAGAGAAACACAAAAAUGAUUUCACAGCUCAGAUGCAAAAGACAAAGGAAAAACAGAGAGAAAUAUAUGAACUUGUGAAAUGUUUUACCAAAGACAAAACAAAUCUUGAUAAAAUCAAUGAGUUGCUGAAAACACACAAAGAAGAAAUGGAGAAGGUAGAAAAGGAGGAGGAAAAGGAAACCCUGCAGAACAAACAUGAAGAUCAAUUAAGUGAGUUGAUGAAGAAACUUCUGAAUGAAGUUGACGAACCAGGUUGGUGUUCCAUCUUAUGAGGCAUUUAAUGAUUUAGCCAUGCUAGCGGUUUGGAUUUACAGAUGGUGAUGUCAUCAGUCUGUCCACCACUUUGAUCCAGACUGAAAUAGCUCAACUAUUGGAUGGACUGCCAUGCAAUUUGUAGAGAGAGAGAGAGAGAGAGAGACAGAGAGAGAGAGAGAGAGAGAGAGAGAGAGAGAGAGAGGAUGUAUGUUUGAGAGUAAAGAAAAUCCAAUAAUAUUAGUUGAUCAUUUUUUUUUCUGACAUAAUCACAUAAAAUAAACAUUUUGGGAAACAUCCCUUGAAGGUGGUUAUGAAGAGUUAUAACAAAGAUAUGUAACGAGGCGUGAUAUUUUACAGUUCAAUAAUAUUUUUAUAAUCAAAUACAGCAGUAAACUUUCCUUUUUGUAAACAGACCAAUACAGAUCUAUCAGUGAUGAGCCAAUAUCAUGUAAUAAUGUAAUAAAACCGUCCCUGUUGAUUUGUCCUUCUGGGUCAACUCAAGUGUGUCUAAGGGCCCUAUUUCUGUGGCAGCGCAACGCUCUGACAGUUUGGUAUUUUCCUGACCAUGAAAUUCUAUUUUCCAUCAAAGUGUUUUUAAGGUGCACAGGUUCAUUCAGAUGAAUCAGCUCAGAGCCGGUCCUUGGUACAUGCUGCACAUAUAUGAACCAAAACAGCAGGUGUUCUUGGCGACGCCCACGCAGUCCAUGCACCCAAGACCUACCACUGAGCACUUGUCGUUGUGUUUUCACGGAUAAAAUAGGUCCCUAAGAGACAUGCAGUGACAAAAUGUUCAUUUAAGUUGUGACUACUUAGUGAUAAAUCAGGCUUUUCAUAGCUAAUUAACUCAUUGACUGUGUACAAUCUUUAUUUUAAAAACUUCUGGUCUAUAUUACUGAAAAUAAUCGCUUAAACCGUAACGCUCAGGAUCUUCUUUGUUUCUCUGCUGUUAAGUUUGGUUUAAAGAGAAUCUUUAUGAUAAACUGUAUUGUUUUCUUUUGCGCUGUUUUGUUGGGAAUAAUUUGCCUAUUUUGCUGUUUCUCUUCCUUUUUCCAAAUUGUUUGUGUAACUAUUUAGAGAUAAAACAGACAGCCUAUUAAAUAAAAGCUUUAUUAAAGGACCAGUGUGUACCAUUUAGGGGGAUCUAUUGGCAGAAAUGGAAUAUACUAUUAAUAAGUAUGUUUUCUUUAGUGUAUAAUCAAAAAUAAGAAUGUUACAAACACUCUACACAGUGGCUCUGCUAUUCUCCAAAUGACCUACGCUAUUCUGAACAGCUCCAGAUAUAGCCAUUCACGUUUUUGCAUUUUCACGUCGGCUACCGUAAUUCUCUAAUGCGCUUGGCAAGCACACGGGAGAGGUUGCAAUCUGCAACCUCACCGCUAGAUGCCGCCAGAUGUUACACACUGUCCCUUUAAAGAAAGACUUCAACAGCUGUAAAUUCUGCUUGGUCUUUAGAGACGAUCUUUCUUCUUUUGAAAAUGAGAAACAACAUGAUGUUGGUCAUGUAAGUGGAAUGAAAUGUUAAGAUGUCAUUCAACCUGUUUUCUGUGCAACACCCAACUCACAAAUAUCACAGCAAAUAUUAAGCAAACAUGAAUAUCAUAUAUAUGUUUUUGUUACAUGUCAAAUAAGAAUGGAUGCUUUAUAGCUUGAUUACAUCCAUUUAAUGUACAGGAAUCUGAAACUUCUUUACUCACCUCUAUGUAUUUCUGUAUUUCCUUGAUGUCAGGAUACUACUGUUACUGAGGAUACUGUCAAAGUAUUCAGAGUAUACUAGGUUUACUUAGCCAAUGUUCAACUGCAACACAUUAUUCUGUACAGUUUAAAUAUGUUUGUCCACCUCCUGUAUAAUCACAUUGAUCAUCUUUCAGUUGAUGGUUCCUGUUAUAAUGUUUGUAUUGUUUUGUCCAGCAGAUGGAGCUCUAACAUCAAGUGUCAUAUCUGUUGGAGGUUUGAAAUAUUGUAGUAAUCUUUAUUUUGCUCACCACAUUUAAUGUUGACUGUUGUAUCAUUUGAAAUAUGUCAUGGUUAAACAUUUGUCAUUGUGAGUUUUUCGUUGUAUUCCUGUAAAAAAGAAACAGAAGAGAAACAACCUGCACACAGACGUUAUGCUCCACAACUUUACUUUGACAAUAUUUUGAUCCUGUGUGAAUCUUCCUCUAUCAAGAUUUCAUAGAAAUGUAUUUGAGUUCUUCAGAUAUUCUGGUUAAAGAUAGUCAGACUAAAUAUCAGAUAUGAGGAAGAACAUGUAUGAAAGUAUUUCACAUGACAUUUUGUUUUCCAAGCCACACACGAUUCAGAUAUUUCAGUCUGCUGUUGAAUAAGAAGAAAACAUCCUGUGUAAAUAUGAUUUAAACUUCACAUCAAAGAAAUAAAAAUGUUGAAAAAGAG